AAUCUGUGUCCUAAAUGUUUAAACCAUCCUAAACCGACGAGAUACUGUGUCUUGGAACCAUACUUAUAGGUUAUGUGGAGGAACGCUAACAGCGGAACCGCAAAAUGUAUUCUACAAAUGCCACUUCGGUUCGGAUCGUAAGCGUCGAUCAUUAUAUGGCUAAACCCGACACUCGGUUCGAUGUUUGCUAUUCGCAAUUUCGCGGCACCGAAAUACGACAAGUUCCAGUAAUUCGGCUUUUCGGUACCACCGCCGAUGGAACGCACAGUUGUGUCCACAUCCACGGGGUGUUUCCGUACUUUUACAUUCCUUACGAGGGCUUUACCGCCGAUCGGCUUGCCGUGGACAAACGUAUCUAUCAGCUUGCCACGGCCCUGGACAAAGCAAUCAAUGUUUCGCUUGCACGGUCAAUGUCCCGGGCGACGCAUGUUUUCAAGAUUGUGCUUGUCAAAGGAGUACCCAUCUACGGCUAUCACCGAAAGGAACACAAUUAUUUGAAAAUUUACAUGUACAACCCGCUGCUGGUUCGAAAUGCGACCACGCUACUGAUGAACGGUGCCAUCCCGUCCGCCAUGCCACAAGUGCACGAAACGCACAUCCCGUACGUGCUGCAGUUUUUCAUCGAUUAUAACCUAUACGGCAUGAGCUUCUUGCAUCUGAACUCGGCGGGCUUACGUCAGCGAACUCAAACGGCUGCCGAUGGUGCGGACGAGGUGCCGGCUAAGAUGUCGACCUCUGAGUACGAAAUAGACGCGCUGGCAUCCGAUAUCCUCAAUCGUGAGCCGGAGGAGAACGACACAGGGGAAUUCGCGAACCCCGGCAUCGCCUCCAUAUGGAAGGACGAAGAAACCAGACGCCGAUUGUUUGGGCUGGAACAGCCGGAAAGAAUGAAUCUCUCGCAAGAUGAUGGGACUGGAAGGGAUAUUGUAACGGAAAGCGAUCGAUACUAUCGAGCGAUGCUAGCGGCGAAACUGUUGAAGGAGCAAGAAGGAACCAAGGAGAAUCGCAACCCAAAGGUACCAUCGGCCUAUCCAUCGGAGGCCUCGGAAGACGCGUCAACUCUGGAUGCAUCAUGCAUUGUUGACCACGGCCGUAACCGUCACGGUCUCAGCAAUGAGAGUCUAUACGCGUCCCAGAUUAGCUACCAUUUCGAUGCUUCGGUCGACAUUGACGAGGAGAAAAUUGUGUCCAUGUCGCAGAACAUCGAUGCAUCGUUGCGGGAGGAGGAUUACAACUUGCUCGAAAUAAUGCGUGAACUCGAGGAGAACGAGAAGCGUAACUUCGAAGACGAUUGCCUGCUGGCUCCACUUUCCCAGCAAAGUGUAGAACAUAGGCGAACUGUCCCCGCCACCCAGGGCGACCUGAACGUUUCCCAAAGCAACCGACGGCUUAAUGCAUCGUUGCGUGGCGAUCUGGAGGCUCUUUGCCUGAUGCAGGAGCUCGAAAACGAUGGUGCCGAGGAUGCCCGGAACGAUUCCUUCGACUCGGACGAUGAGUUUUUACUGGAUCUCACGCAGAAGCAACUGUCCACACGAAAUGUGGACCUGGAGAGCCUCGAGGGCUACCUGAACGAUAGUGGCGAUGAGGAUCUGCUGGUCGGAGGAUGCAUUCCGCAGCUGGAUGGUGGAGAUGAUAGGACCGGUCGGACACCGAAAAGAAAUCGUCGAAGCAACGACCACACACCGGACAUCAGUACGCUGGCAAAGCGAAUUCGGAUCGAUUUGACGCAGCCCACGGCUAGAAAGUCACUGACUCCGCGUAAAGUUACGUUUGCUCCCUCGCCGCCCGGCGAAGAACAGGCAACUCGUGGCGAAAUGAUAAGACAACAGUUUGAGGAAUCAUCACCGAAUACUUUGAAAAAAUUCGAAAUAAGAGUUCCCAAACUGAAUCUUAUUAAAAAGUCGAUUUUGUACAAAAAACCUCUCGCUAGCGCUGAUAAGACGCAACAUUCAACACCGUUGAAAAAUUUGCGAGUCUGUUUAACAAAAUUGGACCCUUGUGCCUAUGAGACGGCGGAGCAAAGUUCCGGUCGAGAGUCUCCGGGCAAAUACAUCGCGGAUCGGUACCGGCCGGCGUACGAGUACGAUAAGCGCAAUAAUUUUAAUCCCUUGGAAGGACCCUCGACGCAGCAGUCGAAUCGUGUGCGCAAAACGGACCCAAUCAAAGCACCCAAGGGAUCGUUGGCUGCGAAACGCGCGAAGCUGGAAGAACAGCAGGAAAUUGAGGUGGUGCUCUCGGAGCGAUUCAAAAACAUCAUUCGUCUCUCUCCGAAGGUGCUGAUCAAACCGCUUACUAUGAUGGACAACGGUGCAAUCAAAAGUCAGCUUUCCACAUUGUCCCCACCAACGACGACAACUCGUCGGUCGGUGGAAGAACCUGAAGAGGUAAAUACUCAAGAGGCGAGUGGGGAAAAAGAUGGUUCAAGUAAAACGAUUGAAGGAACUGAAGAAUGCUCUUCGGCCUUGCCGGUUGUUGACGAUGAAGUGAGCAACCAACACGCAGAAACUGCGAUAGAUCAUCCGGCAAUGGCGUGCGAAGAAGCGGAACUGGUUGAAUCGACUGCCUCAAAAGAAGUUGACGGUUCCACUGAGCAGGAAAGUACAAGUAAAACGGUUGAAGGAACUGAAGAAAGGCCUUCCACCUUACCGGUUGUAGAUGACGAAGAGAACAAUAAACCGACAGAAAAAACAAACGAGCAUGCGGAAAUGGAAACCGAAGAAGUGGAACCUGUUAAAAUGGUUCCUUCAAAAGACGUUGACGAUUCCAGUGAGCAGGAAAGUACAAAUAAAACGGUUGAAGUAACUGAAGAGAGCCCUUCGGCCUUGACAGUUGUGGCUGAUGAAGUGGGCAACAAACCGGCGGAAACCGCGAAAGAUCUUCCUGCAAUGGAAACCGAAGAAGUGGAACCGGUUAAAUUGAUUCCCUCAAAAGAUGUUAACGGUUCCAGUGCAAAGGAAAGUACAAGUAAAACGGUUGAAGGAACUGGAAACAAGCCUUCCACCUUACCGGCUGUAGAUGAUGAAGAAAACAAAAAAGGCACCGAAAAAACGAACCAGCAUCCUUCAAUGGAGACCGAAGAGGUGGAACCAGUUCCGCCAAAAGAGGUUGCCAGCGAAAAGAAUGUCGAAAAGGGUGAUAGUGUAACUAUUACUUUCGAUGACUCUAGUACUACUGAUGUCGAUGACGAUGAAUGUAUGGUUGUCGAUGUAGCCGAAAAUGAUUGCGUUGGAAAGGCAUCACAACCAAGCAAUAGUGCACCAGUCCCUUCGUCUUCAACCAAUCCAAUGGUCACCAUUCACCUCGAUUCUGACGAUGACUCGUUCAACGAUGUGCUGAAGGUUAGUCCAACAGACCUUUUCAUGGACCCGGCAGAGUUUUUGGAGUGCCAGCUCGAUAGCACCCCCAAAAAGGCGACCUCCGUACCGAUCGGAAGCCAGCUCGAUGGCGUUGUGGAACUGAUGGGGGCCAGCACUAGCGCGAGUGGAAAAGAACCCGACACGCAAACGGUGGAUGAGGAAGAAGACGAUGGGAAUGCGAAAAAUAUUCAAAGCUUUUGCGAAACAACUAUGGUUUGCGAUGUGGACGACAUCGAUACGGACUCGGACGAUAGUUGCCGUAUGUUUCCCUUGGGCCAGGAGGACAAUCCCAGCGAAUCGAAUAAUGAGUUGGUAAGCAUUUCGUUGGCGGAUUGCCCUCCGACACGCGGGGACGCGCGUCAAGCCAUAGAAUCAUUCGAAAUUCCCGCCGUUGUCAAUGCCACCCCGUUUUACAGCGAUCCGAACGACGUAACGGGAAAGAAGGAGGUCGGUCACACCGUGCUGCACAUCACCGCAAGCAGCUUGAACGAUCUGGAGGAGUUUAGAAGCGCCGUUACCGGUGCCCAAUCGAUGAAGCAUCUUCGUUAUGAAGUGCUCAAGGAGACGUACGGAGAAAGUAUCGAGGAAGUGUUGGGUCCGGUUAGUGUAAGCGGUCCUAGCGCCGAUCGAAUGAAGGAGUUGCUAGCGUCGGAACGCUCGGUUACCAUCACUCACGCAAAAGGUCCACCAAAUCGAGCCGAUGCAAAUGCAUGGUUGGACGAAAGAAUUCGCAAUCGACAAAUCGACGAUCAGCCGGCCAACACUAAAGACGAUCGGGCGGUGGUUGAACUUGACAGUCCGGUAAAGGUGAAGAAGGCAGAAGCCACCAUGACAAUGGAGCACGAUGGAACAAAUGUGGAACAAGUUUCUUCCGCAUCGACCAAAAUAGAUACCGAGUCAACACUCAAUUUGAGUGUUUUAUUGACAAACGACGAAAACAAAUCGUCAUCCAAUGGCCAUACGACGAAGGCUUUAGUUACAAAAAUCAUGACAAUGAAUACCUACGGUUCCUCCUCAUCACAAGAAACCGGAGCAUCCACGGGAAACAUAGAUGAAGACACCACAGCAAAGCCUAGUUCAACGCUGGCAGGUUAUAGUGCACGCCGGAAAAGCCACAAACUUGCCGCUAAAUCACUUUCAGUGGAACGCGAGGAAAAUGAGGUACCGGCAACCCAGCCUGCUGAGAUGAUGGAUUCCGUUGAUGAAACGAUGAUAAACUCAUCAACUUUCGAACAAACAAACACCGAACAACAGGAGGAAACAUCCAACAAGGAACCACCAGCAACGCAGAAUGUGGACGUCCCUAGACCAACAACCUCACAACCUUGCAUCUUGGGGUCGUCGGAUCAGUCUGACUUGAUCGAGCACAGCAACGCCAACAUAUCCACGGCCACGGGACAGGAUAAUGCGUACGGAUUCAAAGUGAACUACGAAAAUCUGCAGGAAGCGAAGCCUGUUUGUGAGUACAACUAUCUUACGGUACUGGCGGUCGAAAUACACGUGCCAACGAGGGGCGAUUUGCGGCCGAAUCCCACCAUGGACCCGAUCGCAGCUAUAUUCUAUCGCAUCCACAACGACGUCCCGCCUGACCAUCCGAAGGCUUCGUCCAUGUGUGGCGUUAUUUUGAACCGAAAUCUUUGUGGUACCGGCGUCGGUGACACGCUCGGUCGAAAGUACAACCAGUCCCCGUACGUGGCCGACGUCGUGCUGGUUUCCGGUGAGCGGGAACUGUACGAAAAGUUCCUACUGCUCAUUGCCUUCUGGGAUCCGGACAUUUUCACGGGCUACGAAAUCGAGAGUGUCUCGUGGGGCUACAUCAUCGAGCGGGGUUAUGCGCUGGAAAUGAAUCUCAUGAAGAUGCUGUCGCGCGUUCCGACCGUGGAAAAGGUGCACGUGUCGGAGGAGGAACAGCAGGAACUGCUCGAGAUGCACGAUUAUAGUGCGGGCUUGAAGAUUGCGGGUCGCAUCCUUCUCGACAUCUGGCGUCUGAUGCGGCACGAGAUCGCUCUAACUUCCUACACGUUCGAGAACGUGGUCUAUCAUAUUUUGCAUCGGCGAGUUCCGUCCCAUUCCUAUCGACAGUUGACGCGGCUGUGGAACAAACCGUACAGCUGCUGGAUCGUGCUGGAUUACUACCUCGAGCGGGUAAACGGGAACUUUGAGAUUCUCAACCAGCUCGAUCUGAUCGGACGCACGGCCGAGCUGGCCAAACUUUUCGGCAUUCAGUUCUACGAGGUGCUUUCGCGUGGCUCGCAGUUCCGCGUCGAAAGUAUGAUGCUGCGCAUAGCAAAACCGAGGAAUUUCGUGUCCGUUUCGCCCACCAUUCAGCAGCGGGCCCAUAUGCGGGCCCCGGAGUAUUUGCCGCUGAUCAUGGAACCGAACUCGCGCUUCUACGCCGACCCUAUCAUUGUGCUCGACUUCCAGAGUCUCUAUCCAAGCGUGAUCAUUGCGUACAACUACUGCUUUUCGACCUGCCUCGGUCGCAUCGAACAUCUGGCUGAAUCAACGGAAGAGUUUGAAUUUGGUGCCUCCCAUCUGCGCAUUCCGCCAAAGAUGUUGAAGGCUCUGAUGGACAAGAACCUCAUCACCUUCUCCCCGUGCGGCAUAGCGUUCGUGAAGAAACGUGUCCGCGAAGGCGUUCUCCCCCGGAUGUUGAGUGAAAUCCUCAACACGCGCCUCAUGGUGAAAAAGUCGAUGAAACUGCACAAAACCAACAACGUCCUGCAGCGCGUUCUCCACUCACGGCAACUCGGCCUAAAGCUGAUCGCCAACGUGACGUACGGCUACACGGCGGCCAACUUUAGCGGCCGAAUGCCGUGCGUCGAGGUUGGCGACAGCGUCGUGGCGAAGGGGCGCGAAACGUUGGAAAGAGCUAUCAAGCUCGUCGAAGAGACGGAACGAUGGGGUGCGAAGGUGGUGUACGGAGAUACGGACUCGCUGUUUGUGCUCUGCCCGGGACGCACCAAGGCGGAAGCGUUUCGGAUAGGCGAAGAGAUUGCGGAAGCCGUUACCAAAGACAAUCCUCCACCGGUCAAGCUGAAGCUGGAAAAGGUCUAUCAACCAUCGAUACUACAAACCAAAAAACGUUACGUGGGAUACAUGUACGAAACGGCGGAUCAGGAAAACCCGAUUUACGAAGCGAAGGGCAUCGAAACCGUCCGGCGAGACGGUUGUCCGGUGGUGGCAAAGAUGCUCGAGAAGGUGUUGCGAAUUCUCUUCGAGACGUGCGACGUGUCGAAGGUGAAGCAGUACACGUGUAGGCAGUUUACUAAAAUUUUGGAAGGUCGCGUAAAUCUGCAGGAUUUCAUAUUUGCCAAGGAAUUUCGCGGGGAGGACGGCUAUAAACCGGGUGCUUGCGUUCCGGCACUUGAGUUAACGAGGAAAUGGAAACUCUCAGAUCCACGCCGAGAACCACGCAGAGGCCAACGUGUACCGUACGUCAUCGUCAAUGGACCACCGCUUGUUCCACUCAUUCGUCUCGUGCGCAGCCCGGACGAAGUGCUCGUGGACGAAGGCCUCAAAAUCAAUGCCAAUUAUUACAUAUCGAAAGCCAUCAUUCCUCCACUCAAUCGUUGCCUUCUACUAAUCGGAGCGGAUGUCCACCAGUGGUAUAACGAUUUGCCACGGAAAAGUUUGAUGCUGCACAACACCGGAGGGGGGUCGGGUGUUGGAGCGUUUGGGCAGAAACUAACCGGUAGGGGAAACUCUACCGUGCUGGCUGUUCCGAAAAAGAGUACGAUCUCACAAUAUUUCUCCACCACGAGCUGUAUCGUGGACUGUGGAAGACAAACUACGCAUGGCGUUUGCAAGGAAUGCCAACAGAGGCCUCAGUACGCGCUUCUACAUGUAAUGAACAAAAUGAACAAAUUGGAACGGAAAUUAGAACUUACGGAAAAGAUGUGUCGAUCAUGUUGCCAACGUUCUUUCGAAACGUCUUGCAACUCUUUGGAUUGUCCUGUGAUGUUUUCUCUCCACCGUAGAAUGGCGGAGCACAAGCAAACGGAUUAUUACCGUGAUCUGCUGGAACAGUUUUUCUGAACACGGUAUUUUAUGUUGGAAUCGAAAUAAAUACCAUAGAAUAACUAAACAAAAUGG